AUGAGCGACAUCCGCCACUCGCUGCUGCGCCGCGACGCGCUGAGCGCCGCCAAGGAGGUGCUGUACCACCUGGACAUCUACUUCAGCAGCCAGCUGCAGAGCGCGCCGCUGCCCAUCGUGGACAAGGGCCCGGUGGAGCUGCUGGAGGAGUUCGUGUACCAGGUGCCCAAGGAGCGCGGCGCGCAGCCCAAGAGAUUGAAUUCACUUCAGGAGCUCCAACUUCUUGAAAUCAUGUGCAAUUAUUUCCAGGAGCAAACCAAGGACUCUGUCCGGCAGAUUAUGUUCUCGUCCCUUUUCAGCCCCCAAGGGAACAAAGCCGACGACAGCCGGAUGAGCUUGCUGGGAAAACUGGUCUCCAUGGCCGUGGCUGUGUGUCGGGUCCCGGUGCUAGAGUGUGCGGCCUCCUGGCUCCAGCGGACGCCCGUGGUCUACUGCGUGAGGCUGGCCCGGGCCCUCGUGGACGACUACUGCUGCCUGGUGCCCGGCUCCGUGCAGACGCUCAAGCAGAUACUCAGCGCCAGCCCUCGCUUCUGCUGCCAGUUCGUCACCUCCGUCACCGCGCUCUACGACCUGUCGUCAGACGACCUCAUCCCGCCGCUGGACUUGCUGGAAAUGAUUGUCACUUGGAUAUUCGAGGACUCGAGGUUGAUUCUCAUCACUUUCUUAAAUACCCCGAUUGCGGCCAACCUCCCCAUAGGAUUUCUGGAGCUCACCCCGCUCACCGGGUUGAUCCGCUGGUGCGUGAAGGCGCCCCUGGCUUACAAGAGGAAGAAGAAGCCCUCCUUGGCCAACGGCCACGUCGCCCCCAAAGCCUCCCCAGACUCGGCGGGCACGGACAGAGACUCCCACCUCCUGUACUCCAAACUGCACCUCAGCGUCCUGCAGGUGCUCAUGGUGCUGCAGGUGCACCUCACCGAGAAGAACCUGUACGGGCGCCUGGGGCUGGUCCUGUUCGACCACAUGGUCCCGCUGGUGGAGGACGUCAGCAGGCUGGCGGACGAACUGAACCCCCUCAACGCCUCCCAGGAGAUUGAGCUCUCGCUGGACCGCCUCGCGCAGGCGCUGCAGGUGGCCAUGGCCUCCGGCGCGCUGCUGUGCACGAGAGAUGACCUGAGGACCUUGUGCUCCAGGCUGCCCCACAACAACCUGCUUCAGCUGGUGAUCUCGGGCCCCGUGCAGCCGGCGCCCCGAGCGGCGCUGCCCCCCGGCUUCUACCCGCACGUGCACACGCCCCCGCUGGGCUACGGGGCCGUGCCCGCCCACCCCGCCGCCCACCCGGCGCUGCCCACGCACCCCGGGCACACCUUCCUCUCGGGCAUGGCGUUUCCGUUCCGGCCCAUCCGCUAGGCCGGCCCCGCCUCCGCCGAGGGGCACCGUGCCCCUGCGCCCAGGCCCCAGACGCCUCCUGCGGAGCGGCCGACCCGCGGAAGAGGGCCUUCGGGCGGCGGCCGGGCGGCCCCUCCUCACCAGCAGGACCGUCCGGGGCAGGAGUUCCGUGGCAUCGCCGACCAGGCGCCGUCUCCCUGGCCGCCUUACGAAGUCCACGUUCGUAAGAGUCCAGACUGGACGGAUGGGGGGACAGGGCCCAGCCCUGUGCGGAGGCCACGGCCCCUUCCAGCGGAGCCCGUCCUGGGGGCCCGGCGCCGCGAGAGUCAAUCCGGGCGCAUGCUCGCUGAGCCUGUGCCGUCGGGGACGCGGGCGUGCAAAGCAGCGUUUGCACGUCCACGUGCCCGGCUCCCUUCCUUGUGGACAGGGCGUGUCCUGCCACGAACACGGGCCGCUCCGGGAGCCCCAGCUGCGCUGUGUGCCCUCGGGCUGCGCCCAGCACGCGGCUCCGUCUCGGGGAAGCCCGUGGGGACGUGCCCGCCCGCCGCCAAGGAAAGGGCGUCUGUUUCACUGGGAUCGCUGAAUUUCUCUUUCACGUGUUCAAAUAAAACUUUUCUAAACAGUU